ACGCGCCCCCACCUCACUAGUUUAAUGUAAGAUGGUGGUUAGGAGGCACUAACGCUCUACAGAGAGGCUAUAAGAAACAAGGCUUGGUGUUUUCGCAGCAAAUCACACAGGAGCAGGGACAAACCACCCGGGGAAAUUACAUUGUGACCUGUUUUGCUAAACCUGGGCUGCUCAGAUAGAUUUGAUUUGCUGUGAGUCUGAUACAGAUAGACAGGCUCUGCAUCUACACUGUGAGAACAACCCCCCUCUUUUCUCCACGCCGUGCCAUAGGAUGUCCCGCAGCCCUGAGGUGAAAGAGGACCCCAUGGAGUGCCCGCUGUGCAUGGAAUCAUUGGAGAUUGAUGACGUCAAUUUCUUCCCUUGCACCUGUGGCUAUCAGAUCUGCCGCUUCUGCUGGCAUCGCAUACGCACAGAUGAAAACGGCCUCUGCCCGGCCUGCAGAAAGCCCUAUCCAGAAGACCCUGCAGUAUACAAACCUCUCUCUCAAGAGGAACUUCAGAAGAUAAAGAACGAGAAAAAGCAGAAGCAGAAUGAGCGGAAGCAGAAGAUCACAGAGAACCGCAAGCAUCUCUCCAGUGUGCGAGUCGUCCAGAGAAACCUGGUGUUUGUGGUGGGCCUUUCGCAGAGACUCGCUGACCCAGAGGUGAUUCAGCAAAACACACUGACCACUGUGUAACUGAUGCUCUUCUCCAUCAAGAUAAAUAAUUCCAUUGCACUAAAGCUUGAUAUUCAUCUUGGUGGUAUUUGUUAG